GUUUUCCCAUAAUUCUUAGAGUCGUGGGCCAGUAGUUGUGCUUCAAGCUGGGAGACACACAGCUCCGGAAGCGUGUGGGAUUAUCAAAGGACAUGGCAACCAGCUCUUCUUCCCUAAGGAUUGGAGUCGUAGGAUAUGGACAUCUAGGACAGUACCUGGUGAAGAGGAUCCUUCAAGAUGGAGCUGCUCUUGGUUUCACUCUGGCUUUUGUUUGGAACAGAAAUUCUGACAAGCUCAAAGGUUUAGUCCCUGACGAACUGAUACUUGGUGAUCUAUCAUCUUUUGCAGACAGGCGAUGUGAUGUGAUAGUAGAAGUGUGCCAUCCUCAGAUAGUGAAAGAAUUUGGGCUUCACUUCCUGUCUCAGUCUCAUUUCAUGGUGGGCUCUCCCUCUGCCCUCUCUGAUGCUGAUCUGAACAAGAGGCUGCGUCAAGCAGCUCAGCAGUAUGGUAGGACACUCUACGUCCCCAGUGGUGCAUUAUGGGGAGGCCAGGACAUCCAGAGGCUCAAUGAUAGUGGAGCCUUAAAGGCGUUGUUUAUAAGAAUGUCCAAGCAUCCAUCCUGCUUCCGGCUGACAGGAGACAUCCUCUCACACUGGACGGAGGGAGAGGGCAGACGGGUUUUAUUCAGAGGCUCAGUGGCAGAGUUGUGUCCACUUGCUCCUAACAACGUUAACACUAUGGCAGCAGCAGCAGUGGCAGCAGGAACACUCGGCUUUACUGGUGUUCAGGGAGAGAUUGUGUCUGACACAGCGUUGAGUGAUUAUCAUGUGGUGGAGGUGGAGGUGACUGGGCCUGACGGCUUCUCAGUACACACAGUGAGGAGGAACCCAGCCAGACUCGGAGCUGUAACUGGCAGUGCAACAUACAACUCCUUCUGGAAUAGUUUACUCGUUUGCAAAGGUCACGGGGGCCGAGUCUACUUGUGUUGAGGCAGGUGAGGACUCCGGAGGCUAACCUACAACACAGGAAGAGAAUCCACUGCGAAAUUCCUGGUACAUUAGAUGGUUUAUGUUGGAUAAGUUGUGUGGAUGGUGGAUCAGUGGGUCAGUAUGUCACUGAGAAUUUGAAAACCCCUGGAUAUGUGUUCUAAUAAAGUGCAUGCA